AACACACACACACACACAGACAGACACACACUGAAGGACUAACUCCCACACUGACAGGAUUAUACUCUUCAAGAACUGGAAAACACCGUGUUUUACUUUAUUGUUCUGCGUCUGAGAAGAUGGACGUGAACUGGCUCACGUUUCUGCUGCUGCUGUUCGGCUUCGAUAAGUUGCUGGUGGUGUCGAGCGCUGAGCCGGACCACUCCAACCAUCGAAGUGCUCAUCAGAUCAUCAUCGCCCAGUACAGAUGUUUCCAGAGGAUCAUCAGAGAGUCGCACCACUCGUCUAAAGGGCCCGUGUGCAACACAACGUGGGACGGCUGGUUGUGUUGGGACGAAACCGAAGCCGGAGUCACGACGGAGCAGAGCUGUCCCGAGUUCUUCGACGACUUCGACUCCAGUUUGGUGGCGUCCAAAGUGUGCAUGGAGACGGGCGAGUGGGGGCGUCACCCGGACAGCAACCGCACGUGGACGGACUUCACCAACUGCAAAGGCAACACCACGCACCACAGGGCGGCGGCGAUGUCACACUUCUACUUGGUCAUGAUCGGUCAAGGACUGUCUCUGGUGUCGCUGCUCAUCUCGUUGGGAGUAUUCUGCUAUUUUAAGAGUCUGAGCUGCCAGAGGAUCACGCUCCACAAAAACCUCUUCCUCUCCUUCGUGCUGAACUCCGUCACCACCGUGGUCCUGCUGAACACCGUGACGGAGAAACAGGGACACAACAGCAACGACUCAACGAGCUGCAAGCUGGUCAUGUUCGUGCACAUGUACCUGCUGAGCUGCAACUACUUCUGGAUGCUGUGUGAGGGAAUCUACCUGCACACCCUCAUCGUGGUGGCCGUGUUCGCAGAGAAGCAACACCUCAUAUGGUAUUACAUGCUGGGCUGGGGAUUUCCACUGGUGCCGGCGGUGAUUUACUCUGUAGCGCGUUACUUCUACUACGACGACAACGACAAAUGUUGGGUCAGUCCGACGUCCCUGCUGUAUAUUAUCCACGGCCCCAUGUGUGCUGCACUGGUGGUGAACCUUUUCUUCCUCCUGAACAUCGUGCGGGUUCUCAUCACCAAGCUGCGGGUGACGCACCAGGCCGAGUCCAGCCUGUACAUGAGGGCGGUGAGGGCCACGCUCAUCCUCAUCCCUCUGCUCGGCAUCCAGUUCGUCCUGUUCCCUUACAAGCCGCAGGAGCACUGGACCACGGAGAUCUACAUGUACAUCAUGGAGAUCCUCAUGCACUACCAGGGUCUCCUGGUUUCUACAAUAUUCUGCUUCUUCAACGGGGAGGUCCAGAGCGUCCUGCGGAGACACUGGAACCAGCAGCGGAUGCAGUUCGCCGGCACGUUCGCCAACGCCGACUUCUUCCGCUCGGCGUCCUACGUGGCGUCGUCCCUGACGGAGGUGCACCGCUGCUACAGCAUCGAGAGCCACACCGAGCACAUGAACAGCAAGAGCUACUCGGACAUCUUCAGAUCCGACAGCCCCUUCGUGUGAAACCACGGCUCCACAGAUCCUUUCCUCCUUGGGGAGUUGUGCUACUGUUCAAGACAAAUGAUUCCUCCGGACAUUAUUCCAUCUCUCAGCAGAAAAAACAAAUCCACUUUUUAUUUUUUUCCUCAUGAAUAUCCACCAGAAGACGUGUGGGACCAAAGAUCCAGAGAAUAUUUAAAGUUAUCAAACGUGAGGAAGACUCAACGAAAUCAAACCGCCUGAAAAUACGACUUCAACACGAGGAUCUAACGCUUUUCUGCUCCGUGUGGAGUAAACUUGAAGAAGAGAGAAGUUGUGACGGUCCGGACGCUUCUCAGCAGAACUUUCUCUGCAGAAGUCGAUUCUUUUGGUUCAUGCAGUCGAUGAAGAGUUGGAGUCGUCGAGCUCCGACAGCGAAGAUGAAGCCGGUUACACAUCACAGGCCAUUUCUGUUUCGGCCACUUUUGAAUUAAGUUUCUAUUUAUGUUCUUUAACAAAUAAUGGGAGCAGGUAGAAGACGUUAAAUCUGAAUCACUGCUUUAUAUUUAGAUAUUAAACGUGUGACGAGUUAAAUCAGCAGGAACUGAAUCGUGGGUCGAUGUGGAUCGGCCUCUGGACCCCCCCGACCAGUGGAGAGCUGCUGGUUUCAGUCUCCAGCUGCAGGAGUCGCAGAGACAACUGGUAACUUAUUGUUACGUCAAUCAAAAUCACUUAAAGGAACCGUUUCUUCUCAUAAUCACAGGUGUAUUAAAUAUUAAAGGAUUUCAAAUCCAAGUUCCACCCUGUAUACCCCCCUCCCCCUCCCCCGAGCUUUCCACCUUAUUAUUCUGCCGCCAUCGGCUCGUGAAAUUCCAAUAUUUUAUCACAGAUUUGUUAGGAAUGAACAGUGUGUAUAUAAAACACAUCACUUUGUAUUAUAGUUUCUGAUGCUUGUUUAUACUGAAGUUAAA